AUGACUGCUGCAUUUGAUCGGACUCAUCGAAUCGAUUCGGCAUGGCUCGAUCGGAUUGGCUGGCUCCCAAAGCCUCCAGCCACUCCCUUCAGGAACAGGACUACCGGUGACCCGGAUGCACCACAGCCUCCGUUGUAUGUGCCCGGCUUCUUCGGCUGCCCCGUUUACGUAGAGAAGCCGGCUGCCGACCGUUUUGCCCACGGCGCUUCCGAUUGGUCGCAGCCGUGCCUGACGCUGCGCGAAGUCCAGAUGCUCCGCGCCCUGAAUGAGUUGACCGAUAUACACGACUGGAGCGUGCCACCCUUUCUGGAUGCGCGGCAGGACACGGCCCUGAAGACCGACCUCAUCAACGCCAAGACGUGGGAUUGGUGCCGCCGGGAGCUGCACGAUCUGGCUGCACGCUACCGGCAGACAAAGUUCAUCACCGUGUUCGACAGCUCUUCGCGCAUCUGCAAGUCCGACAUCCUGGUGCCACCCCAGCUCCUGGCCGCGCUGCAGUCGGCUGCGCCAACGCUGCAAAGCCCAGCAUGCACCAACCGCAGGACCCACGACUCGCCGUCCGAUCUCGUAGACCCCUCAUUGUUCCCAUUAGUCCACGGCCUCACCCGCGUUCUCUUGGACGGCACUCAAGUCCCCCUGCGUGAGAGCACGGCCUUUAUUGGUCGCGGACAGGUGACAGAGCCCCUGUUGGUCAUGAGACCAGCCGGCCGCGGGUCCGAUGAACUGCGCGAGACGUAUCUGAGCGACAUGGCCGGGCGCCUGAAGGACGAUGCCACCAAGGCUCGGUUUUACCGCGGUUCUGAGCGAUUUCAGUGGCUGCCCUGUGAUGUGCAGUUCACCGACGAGGGCCGCAAUGGUGUGGAGAUCCUAUCGUAUAUCAACAACCUCCACCCAGGACACCACCAUUCCCUCUACCGAGCUAUCGAGGAGGCCAUAUCCCUGAGUAUAGAGCCCUGGAACGAGGUGCUCGCAUAUACGGGCAGACCCCGGACACCACCACGCAUACGAACCUACGGUGUAGAAUGGUGGCCCGAGAAUCCUUGGUGGGCGCAUGAGGAUCUUCUGAAGCGCCUCGACAAGAUGACGCAGGACGAGAAAAAGUCCAACACAGAAUAUCAAAGGGUGCUUGGGCUUAUCGAGGAGUAUUCCAGGCUGCCCAGGUACGGGGAAACCAGUGAGAUGCUUCAGCUCGAUGAGCACCAACGACAAAGCCUCUACACACGGGUGUCAAGUAUGAGCUUUCCGCAGUCCUAUUGGAAACACCCCGAACCGGGCGACAGCUUCACCUACGAUGAGUGGAGAAAGGGCCAGUCAGGAAGACCCAUUAUAGGCGGAUGUGAACGCAGACCACUCUCCGAACUCCCACCGGAGAAAACCAGGUUCACGCCCCGAUUUGAUUAUCCCGACCAUGACUUUUAUAACAUCAGUCUUCGGGAUCAGUUCAGAGACAACGGCCUGCAGGUUGUCGUGCGGAUUGCCAGCAUCGAUCUGGACCAGCAAACUCGGAACCACCCAGGGACUGAAUGGAAAGUCAACGGCUUUCUGAACGAGCAUAUUGUGGCGACCUCAUUAAUCUUCUUUGACAUCCAAAACGUCACCCAGACCUCCAUGUCCUUCCGAGUAGAGGCAGAUCUUGACGAUUCGGAACACCAGUAUGAAGGGUACAACUUUGAAGAAAUCGCGGCCAUGUACGGAUUCGAGUACGAACAGUUGGAGGACGGCGAGGCCAUCCAGGAGCUGGGCCAGGUCAAGAUUGUCCGAGGCCGCAUGAUUGCGUACCCCAAUACCUUGCAGCACCGGUGGGAUGCCUUCGAGCUGGCCCCGGGGGCGAGCGCAGGCCACGUGCGCUACCUGGAGAUGCAUCUCGUGGAUCCGCAUUAUCGCCUGAUCAGCACCGCCAAUGUCCCUCCGCAGCAGCAUGAAUGGUGGUACGAGGCAGGGCCCGGAAGGAUCGAUUGGGCAGCGUAUCGGAUGCCCCGGGAGAUAGUGUCCAACAUUGCCAAUUACGUAGGAGAGUGGCCCAUGGGUGUCGGCGAAACCCUUGACAUCAAGCGUGAGAUGGACGAAGAGAGGAGGAUUGCGAUGGAGGCGGUCAUGGCGGGGGUGGUACGGUACCAAUUCUAUGGCCCCUUGUGA